CAUUCACACCUCUUCUUCAGCAGGAAACCAUCCCACUGCCGGUCUGCCCACGGAUUUAUGUGAAUAUUUGGUUUUAUUUGAUGGCAGAACCUUCUGCCCCCCCAGCAGUAUGGACUGUCUGCACCUGCCACUCGGCAUUAUGGGUCUGAAAGCAACAGUUUUGGCCGAGGCGCGUUCAGCUUCUUUCUGGAGCUGAUUAAAUCCCUGAAACGUGAAGGACUAAUAUCUGGAACUGUUCUCCUUUACCUUCCACUGAUCCUGGUUUUUCUCUGAUCAGAAUCAGAAAUACUUUAUUGAGCCCCGAAGCACUUUCUUGAUACCCGAAGGAUCGUCAAACUGAUCUCUGGAACUGUUCUCCUUUAACUUCCUGAUUCCUGGUUCUUCACUGAUCAGAAUCAGAAAUACUUCCUUAAUCUCUAGAGGACCGUUCUUUUUAUUUCUGUUGCGUGUUUUGAUCGAACCAAGAGGUCAAAAUGCCGUUCAUGCCGGUGAAGUUCAACCUGCAGAAGCGGGUGAAGCUGGCGCAGGGCCUGUGGAUGAUGUACUGGCUCUCUGUCAUCAUGGGCAUCCUCAUCUUUAGCCUCGGCAUCUUCUUUAAGAUCGAGCUGCGGAAGAGGAGCGAGAUGAUGGACAACAACGAGAGCCACUUGGUUCCCAACCUGCUGAUCCUGGCGGGCUUGCUGGCCUGCGGGCUCAACGCCUUCGGGGGCAAGGUGUGCCACGACUCCCUGGACCCGGUCAAGUUCGCCAAGUGGAAGCCGAUGCUGCGCUCGUACCUGCUGCUGUGCUGCGGCUUCAACGGGCUGCUGCUGCUCACGGCGCUGCUCUGCUUCCUCAUGCAGUUCGCCGUGUACCUGACGCUCGCCGAGGGCCUGAAAAACAGCAUCAAGUUCUACAAGGACACGGACACGCCGGGACGCUGCUUCAUGAAGAGGACGCUGGACAUGACGCAGAUCGAGUUCCGCUGCUGCGGGAACAACAACUUCAGGGACUGGUUCGAGGUUCAGUGGAUCAGCAACCGCUACCUGGACAUGAGCAACGACCUGGUCAAAGAGUGAGUCCU